AUGGACGACGCCACCGACCAUUUGAUGCCGGGGCCCGAGGGCAAAAUCCCGAGUUUGCCCUUGUCGCUGACAUCACUUCGAUGGGUGGAAAAUUUUAUCAUCUUCAGAUUCUACGAGGUCGAUCGUGGUAAUAAGACCGAUAGCUAUAUUCACGCGGUUUCUGGCCAUCCGUACGACGGCGAGCUCGAAAUGACGACGAAUCCAUAUCCCGUCGAGCAGCCACCACGACCACCGAGGCCGCCCAAGGAUCCCAAUCAGAUCUCGCUUACCGAGCAGGAGCUUCGAGAAUAUGCCAACGAUCCAUUUUGGAAAGCGUUGAGAAUCAUCCUUUUCGUACUCUUUUGGCUUAUAUGGAUUGGUCUGUUCGUCUUCGCCAUCCUACUCAUUGUCUUCACACCGGCGUGCAUUGUUCGCGAAAAACCGAAUUGGUGGCAAACGGCGGUCGCUUAUCACGUUUGGGUGCCGAGCUUCCAGGAUUCGGAUGGCGAUGGAAUCGGCGACAUGCGAGGCCUCAUCGACCGAUUGGACAAUCUGAGAAAGGCCGGUGUUCAAACCGUCUGGCCGUCGCCGUUUCUGAUCACCGAUGAUGAUAGGAGCGCGGUGAGAAGCUUCCGACAAAUGGAUCCGAAAUUGGGGCCGAAUCAAAUGGCCGAUGAGCUUGUCGAGAGAAUUCAUGAGAAUGACAUGAAGCUGAUUAUCAGCAUGCCGAUAGCAACAACAUCUCUUGAGCACGAAUGGUUCCUCAACUCGGCGUCUGCUAGUCAGGCUCCCAACACGAACUACUCACAGUUCUACACCUGGGCCAGUAAUACGGCCAACACGGAAUACUUCAGUCAACACAAGAACUUGUUCUAUCUCCAUGAGAAGAAGAAUCCGAAAGCCGCUGUGCUCAAUUGGCAGAAUUCGAACGUGCGCGAGCACAUGUUCAACGCGUUGUCGUUUUGGAUCGAUCGCGGUGUCGAUGGUUUCGAGUUGACGGGAAUUGAAUAUCUCGCGAGAACUCCCAAUGGAACGGAGCCGGAAUGGAACGCGAUUUACGACGUCCUUCGCGAUAUUCGAUUCCACGUCGACACCUAUUCGAACGAGAGUGUCAUUGCAAAGGGCAAAAAAGUCGCGCUGUUCUCGUCGCGCGAUGAGGCCAAAGAGAAUGAUAAGAAGAAGAUGGCGAAGAGCGGACUCGACACGGUCAUUAAUUACGAGCUUGGCGAGGUUGAGAAGGACUCGCUGAUUUGCCAUCACGACGAGGAGAAUGUCGCGACGUGCGUCCACGAGAUCAUCUCCGAUGUUCUACUGUUCCAUUCGCUCAAUGAGAAAGUCUGGCCGCAUUGGAGGUUUGGCUCGCCCGACCUAUCGCGAUUGGCCACCCGCGUCGGAAAUCGUGCUCACGCUCAACUCCUCAUGAUGCUCCAAAUGGUGCUUCCUGGAACUAACAAUAUCUACUAUGGCGAGGAGCUUGGCAUGCGCAAUCUGCCGAAUGACAGUAUGGUGCCGCCGCAGAAGGGAGCGAUGCAGUGGGACGACACGAUCAACGCCGGAUUCAGCAAUGUCAGUCAGAAUGGUGUCAAGGUGCCGGUGAACGUGGAUUAUACGAACAUCAAUUGGGCGCGACAAUACUCGGAGUCGCAAUCGACAUUGAAACUGUUUGCGAAGUUGGCGAAACUUCGACAACGCGAAGAUUCGCUGAAGACGGGAACGACGUUGAUCGGACGACUCGUUCAAGGUGCCUUCACGCUGACCCGAUUCAAUAGCUAUGAGAAUCGGACGACGGGAAAUAUCUACGUUGCUGCGUUGAAUUUUGGCUCGCAGUCGGUCAAGCUACCGUUGACGAGUUUGCCGAGCAAUGAGAAGUUGUCGAAAUCUACGAUCGUCGCUGCUAGCUCGAACUGCAAUCAAUUCUAUAAUAGGCAAAACGUGAAUUUCGGAAGUAAAGAAGUCGAACUCGCGCCGAAUCAGGGAAUCGUGUUCAGAUAUUCUGCGUAA